CGAAAGCUGAUCUCGAGUCUCACCUUGAAGGCAUCGACGAAAAGCUUGAACUCAUAAUUGGACAAACCCUGCCAGAGUCCGACUCAGAUGCACUGGAGCUACGGCAGAUAAAAGAAGAGCGGAAAAGCACAGAAAAAUGUCUCCAAAUCUGUGCCCAAUUGUCCGACCACAUCAGUCAGGUCCAGCUCUCAUUCAAGCGCAGUGGUAACUCUGGACCCGGUCUAGACACUGAAAGAGUGACAAACGAUGGCCUGCAGGAAUGCAAAAAUAACCUUCGUCUUACAAUUUCCGAACUGGAGAGGCGCAUGCAAGAUGUAAUGAAUCGAAUGGUGGCAAAAUCCGAGACGACUAUGACGUCCGCGGAAGAUCAUAAGGAUAUUAUCAGGCUGCGAGAUGAAUGGGAAACGGCUCACAAGUGCAUGGAUAUCUGCUCCAAGGCCAAUGAUAAUCUGAAAGAGAACAUGAGCACUAUUGACAAUUACGCUACUGGCGACGCACUACAGUUCAUGGUUUCAAGUACUGGGCAGACCAUCAGCGGUAGGAAUCGAGGGCUAGGAUGGCGGACGAGGCAGGUUGGAGGCCACCUCAGUGACACCACAAUCCAGCAGCUAUCUCGAGAUAUGACGAGCAUCAACCUUCGAAAUGCCGAAAAUGCCGGCCCAUCUCCAGGGGAUGCUUCUUCAUUCAUUUCUGGUGAUACGACAGAGAGCGAAGUUAAAACCGAAUUCAAGGAACGGUAUGGGCAAGGGUUUACGCUCACGCCCAGGUCUUCUACAGGCACAGUUACGGGGUGA